UACGGCGCCCUGGCCGCGCCGGGCCCGGGCCCGUACCCCGGCCCGCUGUCGCCGCCUCCCGAGGCCCCCCCGCCGGAGGGCGCCGAGACGCUGGGGCCCAACGCCGACCUGUGGGCCGACGUGGACCUCACCGAGUUCGACCAGUACCUCAACUGCGGCCGGACUCGUCCCGACGCGGCCGGGCUCCCGUACCACGUGGCGCUGGCCAAGCUGGGUCCCCGAGCCAUGUCCUGCCCCGAGGAGAGCAGCCUGAUCGCGGCGCUGUCCGACGCCAGUAGCGCGGUCUACUACAGCGCCUGCAUCUCCGGCUGAGGGGCCGGCGGGUCCCCGGGGCGCGCGGCGUGUCCUCCCGCGGCCACCGCACCGCCGCGCGCUCCCGCCCUCUCUCUCUUCCGAGGCGCCGUUUCGGCUACUCCGGUCCCGGGCGCCCAGCGAGGGUGUUUCCUACAUGUCCUGGGGCCUUUCCGGGAAGCCCAGGCCUCGCACCUGUUGGCUGGCCCUGCUAGGGUUAAGUUUCUGAAGCGUCUAAUUCUUUCCUUACAGUGUAUUUUCUAGAAUCAGGCUGUAUUUUUCGCUUUGCCUUUUAUAUACGUAAUACGACAUAUUUAAUUUUUAAUUAAACUUUUAAACUUUGUCUUCCAAGGGGUUUCACUGAUCAAAAGCACCAAUGUAGCAAGGCUUCGUAAAUAUGAGGAAUACCAAUGUUUGUUUGCUUUAAAGGAGGUGCAGGAUUGGGGUCCCCACCCCCACUCCCGGGCCAGGCGAGGCCACAAUAAAGUGACUCGCUCUUUCCUCUGCGCA